AUAUACUGCAUCUUCGAACAUUCCACAGACGGUGAGAAUCGUUAUUUAUUCGAGCGGAGAAUUUGCCAAGACAUCCCCGGGAAUUAUCCCGUCGUACCCAAGAGCAAGGUAAGAGUAGCGCGGGUCUCAGCUUUCAAGCUAACACGAUGAGGUCCUUCCAAAGCUAGGUAAGUCGUUCUGACUCAAUGGCCAGCUAGAAUUCGUUCAAGAGACCAGGCUUCGGGUAUAGCUUCAAGCACUGUAUGUUGUAGAGUUUGAGGCCGGGCGGUAUUGGGAAGAGACAGGUAGAUGAUGUUCCGUACUGGAUCGGAUCGAGGGGUUGAGGGCUGGCUAGGAGUAGCAUGGCGCUACGUCAGUCUUUGAAGAGUUCGAGCACUUAAAGACGCCGAUGACAAGAGCUAUGGUAGUCUGACGUCCUCGACCACGUUCGUAUAUUCUCUCCGUUACCGCUUCGCGAAGCUGCUCUGCGUUUCUCGGCACUAUCAGACUAAUGCCUCUUUGGAUCAUUCCCUUAUGAGCUUUUCUCUACAUGCGCGCCCUUGGGAGGUCAGCAUCGCUCUAUUGUUCGUCCGCAUCAUGGUGAGGGUGUAUCAUCGGAACAUUCCCGAUAUUGAGGGUGAGUUCGUCUCUCAUGAUCAGAAAACUUCCGCAUCGAUGUGGUCUCGGAGUUCCUUCUUAUCGCCGUCGAGACGGAAGCUGUCGUCGUCACUCGUUCUCAGCCAGUGGUCACCAUCAUCGGUUGCUCUUUAUCGCAUCUCUUGCAUCACUUGUCAGCAAGUUUGGCAUGUGCAGGAGUUAAAUCAUUCUCCUUUCAACGGAAGCUUGACAUUGUGAGUCAUCGGCGAGUGUUCAUCUUCCCGAAUCCCAUCCCCACGCAUCUAAGCGGCCAUCAACAGCAACCCCUCACCGUCAGAAUUUAGCAAAC